UCGAGCAGUGCCUGCCAUUGCUGACAUAAUUCGUGUCACUUACUUCGGGUCUUUCGAAUGCGGGGGCCCCCUUUGCGCGCUGUUACCCUUUCGCAGACACGACACUCUUUCGAAAUAGGAUCGGCCGUACAAUCACGUACACCACAGUCGCAAUUGCGCAAGUGCCCUCAAAUGAUUUUCAUGAUUUUUCGCGAAACGGAUGUUCGGAAUAACACGUAAGAGAUUGGACGACGAAGCGUCACCGCUUAUCCGCCCCGAAACGUUAUCGUCGACGAUCGUGCUCGAACGUGCGAACGUUCGCGCGAUCUGUACGGUUUAUUUUAAUCAGAUCAGACCUCGACCGAGCCCACAGUUGUCCAUCCGUGAUAUUUAAUAUGGUUACUUUAAAACCACCACUUGAUUAACGCUGUACCGUAGCCGAGCACCGUCUCCAACACUUUAUCGACCUGUACCUGGAACACGAUUCAAGAAGCUUCCGCGUCGGAUCGAUAGAGUACGCUCGAGUACCGUAGAACCUGCGCUUCGCAGAUCGUUCGAACCGUUUCGACGCGGAUUCAAGUUGUUGACACAAAUUCGAUACGUUGCAACGAUCGUUCGAUCACGGUUCUAUUAAAUGUAAAUACCGAAAAAACAUUAUAUUCGAGCGGACGUCGAAGAAAGGAUCGCAAGUCAAUGUCGUAGGAUAGUUUGGCGCGACGAAUGAUCUCAUUUAUCAAUACCGAGCACGUGCGGGGAGUUCGAAUUAGGUAGAUCAAUAUAAGAUCGUUUCUAGAAUGAAGUCGGAAGACUUAGGAUUGUCGCCGCUGACCUCUUCGGGGAAGUUGGAGAGUCCACUGUCCUCGAGGCUGAAGAUGAGCAUGUACGGGCGACAGAGGAAGACAACGGGAAAGAACGUCGCGUCGCCGCUUCUUAUGCAGCGGCAGUCGAUUCGGAUAAUCGACGAGAACUCUGACGUAACCCCUAAGAUACUGAGCCAUCCUAAAUACAGCGCGAUCGACGAGCGGAACAUCACGGCUCUGGAAAUGAUCGGGCUGAUCCGAGUCGGUAGCACCGGCCAUUUGUCCUCCAGCUCCACGAUCGACAACCUGAAGAAGAGCUCGUCCAUGCUGGUCAGGACCUCCUCGCUUCCGGCCAGCUCGAUGAUCAUGGAGGCCAUGCAGUUCGAGAGCUUCUGGUCCACGCAGCUCACCGAUUCUCGCAGCAUCGAUACCGUCGACAAAGCACCGUCGCAGUUCUACCUGCCUAGCAUCGACCCGAAUAUAUUCCCGUGCCGACCGGAAACCGUGACGAUCACGCUCAGGGAGACGGAGACGUUCUUCAUCUUUGAGAUGCUACCGUACACCGGCGAUCUGCGGACACCGGAGGGAUUGGCGAUCCGCAAUGAGAACGAGAUGUACGAGUACAAGACGACAGGGCCCGGAUCGAACAGGAAGCUGGUCAACUCCGAAACCCAGACUCUACAAGUUCUCACGAAGUCGCGUGGCACGUACCUCCGCUGCAACACGCGGAAGAACCAGGCGGCGUUCGUGAACAAUUGGGUGAUGCACGACGUCUAUGCCGCGCCCGAUCUGAUGACAGAAAGGAACAAUCUGUUGAUUGUGCGCACCAAGGAGAGUAUGGAACGACUGUGGGAGGAGGAGGAACUGCGAGACAAGUUGCCGCCGUUGGAACGACAUAAGAAAACAAAGGCGCCGGAGGAGCAGCUAGAGGAGAUCUUCCAAAACGUGAAUUUCGCGAACGCGGUGCGAGUAAUGGAACGCAUCAUAUCCAACAACAUCUUCAUUAACGCGCAGAAGCGUUUCAUCGGCUUGAUCAAGCAAGACCCUUGCAGCUUAGACCUGGAGUUCACCUACAGCCUGGACUUGCUCUGGAAACACAAAUUUGAAAUGAGCGAAGGCCGUCCGGUGACUUCGUUCCGCUGGAGUUACGUCAUGUCGAACAUUCUGGCGGUGGGCUACGGAGCACGGGCACAUUCGGAGAUCAAGGACGGAGUAUUGUUGAUCUGGUCGGCAAAGAAUCCUCAUCUGCCGGGUCGUUGGUACGAGUUCGAGAGUCCUAUAUCGGACUUGGACUGGAGUCGUGAUCGGCCGAACUUAUUAGCUAUUGGAUUCAACGACGGCCAGAUCAAGGUGCUGGACGUGAGCACUAUUCACAAGAAUGUGAUCCGGCAAAGCGAGAGGAUCACGUCUCCAUCUUGUUCGCCGCAGUGGCAAGUCCAAUGGUGGCCCGGGGACGAGCACUUCGACUACCAGGAGCAGAUCUACACGUGCGACCAGGACGGUCAUAUAUUCUGCUACCAAUACGCCGAGAACUUCUUAUCGACUACUAUCAUGAAGAUCUACAGGAUAGAGGGCACACUACCGGGGGUAGCAAGAACCUCUCACUGCGUCGGUCACGAUACGCUGAUUAAUCGAAGUCCGGGGGCGUUGGUGCUCCGCAGACACCCCACACUGAGCGCCGUUUACUUUGUCGGCUCCGACGAAGGCUGCAUCUACAAGUGUUCGACGAAUUACCUGUAUCAGCACAUCGAGAGCUUCCUGGCCCACGACGGCCCCGUAUACUCGAUAAUGUUCUCCUCGUUCUGCCCGAAGAUCUUCCUAACGUGCGGCGCCGAUUGGUGCACCAGAAUCUGGGCCGAGGGCCUCGCGGAGCCUCUGAUCACGCUGUCCACCGCGAUGGCAUGCGUCCGGUACGCAGCCUGGUGCCCCACCCACUCCACGAUCAUCGUGUCCAUCGUCAACAACGAGAUUUGCAUUUGGGAUAUCCGCAGAAAAAUUCACACCCCCGCGUCCGUCACGGUGUCGCCGAAGAGUGCCAGAUUGGUGAUGGUCGAUUUCACGGCAGAUGGCAACCGACUGGUGACCGCGGAUAUGAAUGGCAACGUGUUCGUUUACAACUUGGAGGGAAUGCCGUUUCCACCGUACAAUCAGGAACAGGUGUUGAUCGAGUCGAUUGAAAAAGCAUUGGUCACCAAGCCGCUGCUGCUGCGCAAACUGCGGAAGCUUGGGCCGCCGUUCCAGACAGAGGAAGGGAUUUAACGUUUCGGAGGUGGAUCCUUAAUCUUCUUUUCAUAUUCCUGUCAUUUAAAGUCAACCUCCUACCGGUUCUACUCCAAUAAUUUCGAUCGACUCUUAGAUAGUUCGGUAACCCUGGAUGCUAACUGGAUUGGUCUCAAGCUAAAAAAAAAAGUAGGCGACGUAUCCUGGUUCCAUAGCCGAUAUUACUUGACACGAUGGUAUUAUGAUUUUAUCUAUACGCGGGUGACGUAUAGUUAUUUAUAUGCAGGCCGUGCAAACGACCGAGCUGCACAAUACAAUAUAUCAAAAUGCACAUAAUCUGACGACAA